CACCGAUCUGCUCCUCUCAGCUCUACCCUCCACCUCUCACGCCCUCCUCAGCCUCUUCGACUUCAGGAACCAUGACUUCCAACUCCACCGUGAGAAGCCAAAGCGGCAGCCGCCGUAUCUUCAGUGCCGGCUCAGCCAGAGUCCCUGGGGUCAAUCGCUCUGGCUUCAGCAGCAUGUCCGUGUGCCGCUCCAGGGGCAGUGGAGGCUUCACUGGAGUGGGUGCAGGAGCUAGCUUUGGCAGCCGCAGCCUCUAUGGCAUAGGGGGCUCCAAGAGGAUCUCCCUCGGAGGGGGCAGCUGUGCAUUCGGUGGCGGAUAUGGCGGCAGAGCUGGAGGCGGCCUUGGCUUUGGAGGUGGAGCCGGGAGUGGAUUUGGUUUCGGCGGUGGAGCUGGUGGUGGCUUUGGGCUCGGUGGUGGAGCUGGUGGUGGCUUGGGGUUCGGUGGUGGAGCUGGCUUUAGUGGUGGCUAUGGGGGCUCUGGCUUCUCCAUCUGCCCCCCUGGAGGCAUCCAAGAGGUCACCAUCAACCAGAGUCUCCUGACUCCCCUCAACCUGCAAAUCGACCCCACCAUCCAGCGAAUCAAGACUGAGGAGCGGGAGCAGAUCAAGACCCUCAACAACAGGUUCGCCUCCUUCAUCGACAAGGUCCGAUUCCUGGAGCAGCAGAACAAGGUCCUGGAAACCAAGUGGGCCCUGCUGCAGGAGCAGGGCACAAAGACCGUGAGGCAGAGCCUGGAGCCUUAUUUCGAGCAGUACAUCAACAAUCUCAGGAGACAGCUGGACUGCCUUGUCUCAGAGAGAAGCCGCCUGGACUCAGAGCUCAGGGGGAUGCAGGACACGGUAGAGGACUUCAAGAAGAAAUAUGAAGAUGAAAUCAACAAGCGCAUGUCAGCAGAGAAUGAAUUUGUGAAUCUAAAGAAGGAUGUGGAUGUUGCUUACAUGACUAAGGUUGAUCUGCAAGCCAAGGCAGACUCUCUCAUAGAUGAGAUCAACUUCCUCAGAGCCCUCUAUGAAGCAGAACUGGCUCAGAUGCAAACCAACGUCUCAGAUACUUCUGUCGUCCUUUCCAUGGACAACAACCGCACCCUGGACCUGGACAGCAUCAUCGCUGAAGUCAAAGCCCAAUAUGAGGAGAUCGCUCGCAGGAGCCGGGAGGAGGCUGAGUCCUGGUACAAGUGCAAGUACGAGGAGCUGCAGAGUUCAGCGUGCAGAUAUGGGGACGACCUGUGCAACACCAAACAGGAGAUCGCUGAGAUCAACCGCAUGAUCCAGAGGAUGAGAUCUGAGAUUGAACACGUCAAGAAGCAGUGCACCAGCCUGCAAUCCGCCAUCGCCGAUGCAGAGCAGCGUGGGGAGCUGGCCCUCAGGGAUGCCAAGAACAAGCUGGCCGAGCUGGAGAACGCCCUGCAGAAGGCCAAGCAGGACAUGGCGCAGCUACUGAAGGACUACCAGGAGCUCAUGAAUGUCAAGCUGGCCCUGGACGUGGAGAUCGCCACCUACAGGAAGCUGCUGGAGGGCGAGGAGUGCAGGUGA